UCGCGGACGUCAUCGGUCUUGUUUUGGGCGUUCCGGAAACUCGAACUCAACGGACUAGGAAGAAGAAUGGUCUUUUCCCCACACACCCUGCUGGGGCGCCACCUACGGCUUUUGCUGCCUCGCUACUCACUCACUCACUCACCAUCUCAUUCUUGUUCUUGCUUUCUCUUUUCUCCCCCUCUCUCCAACUUUGGUGCGCUCGAUAUCUUAACUUAGAUAUUCCUCUCUGCGCCCGCAGGACCUGGUCUUCUUCUUUCUCCAGACAUCAUUUCCUCCCUCUCACUCUUACUCCUCCUCCAUUUCUCUCUCCCCCUCACUCUCGCUCUCCCCCCCUUCACAUCCUCGCUACCUUAUCCACCGCCCCCGAGAAUCUCCGUUCCAAAAUACAAACCCUCAUAUUUCCUCCCUUUCUGCAUUGAACUGAACCUGGUGUGCCAUCCAUCCUUGAUUCAAAAUGGCGGAAUUCGUGCGUGCCCAGAUUUUUGGCACCACUUUUGAGAUCACCAGCCGGUACACCGACUUGCAGCCGGUGGGAAUGGGCGCUUUCGGUCUUGUCUGUUCGGCGCGGGAUCAAUUGACCGGGCAACCAGUCGCCGUCAAGAAAAUCAUGAAGCCAUUCAGCACACCCGUCCUGUCCAAGAGAACAUACCGCGAAUUAAAACUGCUGAAACACCUGCGACACGAAAAUAUCAUCAGUCUGAGCGAUAUCUUUAUCUCCCCGCUUGAGGAUAUUUAUUUCGUCACAGAGCUGCUGGGCACCGAUCUCCACAGAUUGUUAACUUCGCGACCUCUUGAAAAACAAUUUAUUCAAUAUUUCCUUUACCAGAUUCUGCGGGGGUUGAAAUAUGUCCACUCGGCCGGUGUCGUUCAUCGUGACCUCAAACCCAGCAACAUCCUUAUCAACGAGAACUGCGACCUGAAAAUCUGCGAUUUCGGUCUUGCCCGUAUCCAGGAUCCGCAGAUGACCGGCUAUGUUUCGACCCGGUAUUACCGUGCGCCUGAGAUCAUGCUCACUUGGCAGAAGUACGACGUGGAGGUGGAUAUUUGGAGCGCAGCAUGUAUUUUUGCGGAGAUGCUGGAAGGAAAGCCCCUGUUUCCCGGAAAGGAUCACGUCAAUCAAUUCUCGAUCAUCACGGAGCUGCUGGGAACUCCGCCCGACGACGUGAUCCAGACAAUUUGCAGCGAGAAUACGUUGCGAUUCGUCAAGUCGCUACCCAAGCGUGAGCGACAACCUCUGGCCACCAAGUUCAAGAAUGCCGAUCCAGAUGCGGUCGAUCUUCUGGAAAAAAUGCUUGUAUUUGACCCGAAGAAGCGCAUCCGGGCUGGCGAGGCCCUUGCCCACGAGUACCUUGCCCCGUAUCACGAUCCGACCGACGAGCCUGAGGCUGAGGAGAAGUUCGACUGGUCAUUCAACGAUGCCGACCUACCUGUGGAUACAUGGAAGAUUAUGAUGUACUCCGAAAUCCUGGACUUUCACAACAUCGACCAGGGCAACGAUGCCGGUCAAGUGCUUGUCGAGGGGGCUGCGGCCGGACAGCAGAGCUUUGCAUGAGGAGAGAUUCCUGCCUAAAAUUACCCUUGACGAGGUGCACGGAAUAUGAUAAUGAUGUCCUUUCCUUUUAUGUUCUCAUGGUAUGUAGACUGGAUGCGGGGAUUGUGAUAUGCACGUUCACGUACUUAUGUUCUGGCCACUACAUCGCUUGUUCUUUAUGCCCCCUUUUUUUUGUUUCUCAAUGAUCUCCAGGCUGUUACAAAGUCCGGAUAAUGUUGGAGAUUAGAAACGUCUGUAACAUGACCCAACUGUUUGGAUUUUCCCAUUCUGCUAUACACUUUACUACAUUAUUCCGGUCAUGAUCGACGGAACAUUGUUUUGCCUUUCCUUCUCACCAAGUGGUGAAUGUUGUUUCCCCCCCUUUUCUUGAGGUGUGCUUGAUAGAUUUUGCUCAACACUGAAGCAAGUUACCUAAUACUCAAUGCAAUGACUGUAUACAACUGAUUUGAAA